CCCCGGCCCGCCCCCCCAGCACCCCGAGGCGGCCCGGGCUGCGGAGGCUCCAGGCUCUGGGCUCUGUUUGGCAGGACGCGCGCGUCGGGGCAAAAGGACAGACGGACUGGCGGGCCGACCCAAGGCAAGAAGGAGAGGACUCCCAUCUUCCAGUGCUUCUGACCUAGAAGCUUCCCUGUGCCCCAAAUUUGGGAUUCUGUUACGCUGGCCCUCCUGCUGGAAAAGGACAAGAGGCAGGCACCAUGAAGGCUACCAUCCUCACCCUCCUGCUGUUGCUGCUGUCCAUGGCUGCCGCCAUGCACCCUGACUGCAUCCUGAAGAAGGAGCAAGCUGUGUGCCUGGAGAGGAUCGAGAAGGCCAAUGAGAUGCUGGGGCUGAACGAGUCCUCCCCAGGCUGCCCUGGCAUGUGGGACAAUAUCACAUGUUGGAAGCCGGCCAUCGUGGGACAGGUGGUGGAGGUUGGCUGCCCGGAACUCUUCCAGUUUGUCAAUGAAGGAGGAUUUGACUUGGAGGACAACGAAGCCCUAGAUUCUUCAGAUUACUGCGUCAUGUCCAACUACUUCUGGCUCUUCAUCGAGGGCCUCUACCUCUUCACGCUCCUGGUGGAGACCUUCUUCCCCGAGCGCAGAUACUUCUACUGGUACAGCAUCAUCGGCUGGGGGACGCCGACCAUUUGUGUGACGGUCUGGGCGGUGCUGAGGAUUCACUUUGACGACUCGGGCUGCUGGGACAUGAAUGACAACACAGCGCUGUGGUGGGUCAUUAAAGGCCCAGUGGUGGGCUCCAUCAUGAUCAACUUUGUCCUCUUCAUCGGCAUCAUUGUGAUCCUGGUCCAGAAGCUCCAGUCCCCAGACAUUGGUGGCAACGAAUCGAGCAUCUAUCUCAACUGCGUGCAGAAAUGUUACUGCAGGCCAAAGCGGGCUCAGCAGCACUCUUGCAAGAUGUCAGAGCUGUCCACCAUUACUCUGAGGCUGGCCCGAUCCACGCUGCUGCUCAUCCCCCUCUUUGGAAUCCACUACACUGUGUUUGCCUUUUCACCAGAGAAUGUCAGCAAAAGGGAGAGACUUGUGUUUGAGCUGGGACUGGGCUCCUUCCAGGGCUUCGUGGUAGCUGUUCUCUACUGCUUCCUGAAUGGGGAGGUGCAGUCGGAAAUCAAGAGGAAAUGGCGGAGCUGGAAGGUCAACCGGUACUUUGCCGUGGACUUCAAGCACCGGCACCCUUCCCUGGCCAGCAGUGGCGUGAACGGGGGCACCCAGCUGUCCAUCCUGAGCAAGAGCAGCUCCCAGAUCCGCAUGUCCAGCAUCAAUGCUGACAACCUGGCCACCUGAGCGGGGCCGGCCACCCUCCUGUCCCCUGACCAAAUGGGCUGCCUUGUGAGCUGGGGGCUGGGAGGGGAGAAGGCAGGAGAGGCCGGGGCUCCCAAGGGUGUCUGACCGUGUGGGUGAAUGGUGGGGGGUGCAUGUGUGUGUCUGAGAGGGUUUGGGAGUGCGGCCACUGCUGUGGGGAGUGGGAGUGGGAGCGUGUGUGUGUGUGCGUGUGUCUAUGUCUGUGAGUCUGUGUGGCCGUGUGCGUGUGUCCGUGUGUGACCAUGUGUGUCUGUGUGUGCGUGUGUGUCUGUGAGUCUUUGUGGCCGUGUGUGUGUCUGUGUGGCCGUGUGUGUGUGUCUGUGUGUCAGUGUGUGCGUGUGUCUGUCUAUGUGGCCAUGUGUGUGUAUCUGUGUGUGCGUGUGUCUGUGUGGCCACGUGUCUGUGUGUAUCUGUGUGUGCGUGUGUCUGUGAGUCUGUGUGUGUGUCCGUGUGUGCAUGUGUGUCUGUCCAUGUGUCUGUGUGUGCCUGUGUCCGGGUGGCCAUGUAUGUCUGUAUGUCCAUGAGUGCAUGUGUCUCUGUGUGUCUGUGUGUGCAUGUGUCUCUGUGUGUGUGUCCGUGUUGUGUCUGUCCAUGUGUCUGUGUGGCCAUGUGUGCGUGUCUGUCCAUGUGUCUGUGUGUGUCCGUGUUGUGUCUGUGUGCAUGUGUGUGUCCAUGUGUAUACAUGCAUGUCUGCCCAUGUGUGUCCGUGUGUCUGUCUGUGUAUGUCCAUGUGUGAGUCUGUGUGUCCAUGUGUGUGUAUGUCUGUGCAUGUGUGCGUGUCUGGGUGUAUGCGUGUGUGUCUGUCCGUGUGUGCGUGUGUGCGUGUGUGCGUGUGUGUGCGUGUAUCCUCUUUUCUCUGACGUGUCCCGUGGGUGUGAAGGCGCGUGACUGGGAGCCCCGAGUCAUCCGAGAGGAGGACGCAGUCUGUGGCUACCGUUUGAGCUUGCCUUUCCCAUUCCUUCCCGCAGUCCGUUGUAAAUAGAAUUGCGGAGCUGGGCAGCCACGAGCCCCCUCCCACUCCCGACUCCGCCUCUCCGCACUCCAGGCAGCAUGCGUGAGGGGGUGCCACGAGCACUCAGUGGCCCUCCCUGCCUCCUCACGGGCCCUCUGGACCGGGGAAGAGCUGAGGGACUCGUAGCCAGGCAGGGAGACCUUAGCUCUUCCCUUCGUCUUCCAGCCUCCAGGCUGACGGGGACCCUCUUCGAGAGGGGCUGUGAGUGGGGCUCUCCAGGCUCCCUGGCGGGAGUGGGGUGCAGUAGUGAGAGGGGAAGCGGGCAGGAUGAGAGCCGGGGGCUGGGCCAGACCCCCCCCUGAUGCCAAGAUGGGAGGUGCAGGGCUCUCCAGUCUGCCCACACGCAGCUGCCCCGUGGCCCUUCCUUGGACCCUGGGGGUACAGAACUGCUGUCCACGGCCCUGCUCAUGAGCCUCCCCACUUCCUGUAAGGCCAAGGCACGGCCCUGGGUCAGCCGCCUUUCAUGAUGUCAGGCCGCCACCAGCAGCUGAGCCUAUGGCAGACACGGGGGCCUGGGCAGCCUCCCUCUUGCUCCCCGGAGGACGGGCUCCCCUGGCCCGGCUCUCGGUCCCCUCGGCCACUACUGACAGGAAUGACCCAAGACCCUGGGAUGGACGCAGAAGCAGAGCUGGUGCCCAGCCCUGUGGACCCUCUCCAGUGACAGAGCUGCCUUUCAGGGGGCCCAUUCAGAGAACAGAACAACUGAGGCCACGGCGACCCCCUCUCAGGCCUCCCGAGUGCCCGGGUGAGGAGCUCCGGCUGAGAAUUCAGCAGACAAAACUCCGGGUGUCCGGCCAGGUCCUCCAGCGAAGGCUGCUGGUGCCAGUGUGGUGGCCACGAUUCUGUGGCUCUGUUUAAGGCACGCAUGGCUUAUUGUGCCUUUCUUGGGAAGGGCGGGGUCUCUCGUGGGAUCCCCGGGAUCGGCACCACCUCUCUGAGGCUCUCGGAACAACUAGCUCUUGGACGAGGCAAGGAGAAAAAGAGGAAGGCCUGGCUCAAGCAUCAUGGCACCAUGGAAGGCGGACAGCGGCCCAUGGAGGCCAGAGGCUUGGGUUCGGUUUCCUGCACUGCCACUUGUUACGUGCAGGGGAUUGGAGGAUCCGCCAGGUCUCUUGGGCCUCGGCUGCCCCCUUUGUCCAAGAGGAAGUAGGACCAGAUGGUUACUGAAGGCCCCUUUCAGCUCCAAAGCACGUGAGGGAUCCCUGGGAGUCCCAGAGGCCAGACCAACUGUGCAAAGGGGAGCAAAGCUCUGAGGCCGACCUCUAGAGGGCUCCGCUCAGCCCUCUGCUUCUGGGGAACACGUGGGAGGGCCCCUACUCCACGGCUGAGCUUGACGGACAGCCCGGCUCUCCCCUGUCCUCCCCCUUCUACCAAGGCCUGGGAAUGCAGCAGCAGCCCAGGACGCCCGCACACUCCCUCCUAAGGCCCCACUGGUGUUGCACACCUGGUAGGACAGAGCGGAGGGGAAGGAAUUGGAGUGCAAAGAGGAAACUAGGUGGCCGGGCGGCCAGGCUGAAGCCACGGGCCUGGGCAUGUCACCACGCCCACAGUCGCUCCUUCUCCCCCCAGCGUGCCACGGUCUCUUGGCCAGAAGCGAAGGCUGGAAGGGAUCGUAGGUGGGAAGGUCCACAGGGGCCUUCCAUGCAGGUGGCUCGGCCUCGAUUCCAAGGAAGGCUCCAGGGGCCCCCGAGUGCCACCUAGGCAGGAAGCCCAACAUAGGAGACUUGACCAGAUGUCAGGGUCCCUGGAAAUGCCCCUGGAGGAAGCCGAAGGAGCCAUUGGCUUCUCCUGACCUGGAUCCAGGCCUCAGAGGAGUCUUACGGCAACGGGAAGAGGAAGGAGCCCUCCUCCCGCCGCCUGCCCUUCCCAUGUGGCUCUUGCUCUCCCCUGGGGUCUGCGGCUGCUCCCCAGGGAGCCACUAAGAAGCCCCAGAACGUCUGUGUCCUCUGAGGGCCAUGGCUGACGUUGGGCCUCAGGUUGGUGGACGGGCCAACAUACCUGGUAGCUGCCUGUGCGGGGGAGUUCCCUGCAUCCCCACCCCACAGGCCUCGGUUUCCGCCUUGGGGCCUGGCAGGCGGGCGCAGCACAGGCCCGGAGAGGAGAAGGUUCCACUCAGAUCCUGCCUCUGCUCCUUGAUGGCUCUGUGGGCAGACAAGUCCCCCAGGGUGGCGGGGCUAGCUAUGGGCCCCCUGGACACCCGAGAUCCUCUGCUGGCCUGCUCGUUCUCUGAAGUUGAGGCCCAGGCAGGCGUGGACGGGGCAGAGGGAGCUCCAUGUCCCGUCCAAAGCGAUGCACUGAGCCGAAGGCACAGCCAGGCGUGCCCAGGGGUUCCCCCAUUGCCAGGCCCCUUGGUCUUGGCCGUCAUGGAGAGUCCGGAUCUGCCUCUGCAUUAACCAAUGAGCUGGACCUUGAGUUAGCCACUUGACCAGCUCUCUGAGCCUCAGUCUCCUCAUCUGUAAAAUGGAGCUGGGGAUACUACCCGCUCUGGCAGCCCCACAGCCUAGCCCAAGGGCCAGGGCUCCAAGGAUCUCGGGGCUGGGACUCUCCCGGGCUCAUCAUUGUGAAUAUCUUCUUACUGCUCCCUGGCAGGGAGGGGGUGGCCCCAUCACCCAAGGGGCUCCCCGGGCUCUCGCCCUGCCUCCCAGACCCCGCUCGCCUGCACCCCGUGUCCUGUCCAGUGGAUGUCUGUCUUGUGUGUUUGGAUCUCCAUGAGGGUGGGGCCAUCUUGGGCAGCCAGCUUUUGGCGGGGGUGGGAGGGCAGGGAGCGGGGCGGGGGGGGGGGGGGGGCUCACUUGUCUGUGUUGAUGUCAAACCCUGCCCUGCUCCGGUCUCCCGGAUGAACUUUGCUCACCAGCCAGUAUGGCCGGGCCCUCCGAGGCGUCCCGUUUCUGUAGAUGGUUCAAUAAAUGUCUUCUCAUUCCUA